AUGGCGCACGUAAAUGACGCAAUUAAUCUAGUUGACGAAGACUGCUUCCCCUACCAAGCCAAAUUCACUCACUGCCCAUUCAAGAAGCGUGGUAACCUCCUCACCGACCGCUGCACUCCCGUGGUACCUCAACGCACUUCCAGAUACAAGGUCGGCCCUCCCGGCAGACUGGUGAAGGAACACGAUAUCAUGUUUGAUAUUAUGCAGUCAGGUCCUGUGCAAGCUGUCAUGACCGUCUACCAAGACUUCUUCCACUACCAGGACGGUGUGUACCGCCGCUCUCACUUCGGUAACAACGAGCUGAAGGGGCUUCACAGCGUCAGAAUCGUCGGCUGGGGCGAGGAAAACGGAGACAAAUACUGGAUUGUCGCCAACAGUUGGGGCACAGCUUGGGGCGAAGAUGGUUACUUCCGCAUCGCGAGAGGUGAAAACGAAUCCGGCAUCGAGUCGUUCGUUGUGACUGUCUUGAGUGACGUCACAGAGGCUUACCUGCGCAAAUAACAUCCGACCCAUCUGGUAACCCCGGUUUGUGUAACCACACGAUUAGUGAAUACUAAAUGGGGUAUCUUAUUACUAAAUGGUACUAAGAAUUUUGGUCAGCGAAGGUAGUUUUUGGAUGAGAAUUGGUAGAUUAUUG